ACGCCAUGUCAAUAAACUCGUGCAAGGGAGAUUCCCUCUGGCAACACGCCGAGUGGCAUAUAAAUGCCUCAGAAGUAGGCUGUCCAGAGCUAUGCGGUCGUUGACAUUGCAAGAAAUCAUUGGUAGACCACCAUGCCGAAAUUGCCGAAUAUACUCAAGUACCCCUUAUCAAUAACCGAACUCACCAAGGAUGAACUGAAGUCCAUCAUCAGCGUCCUGGUCAUGGGCGAAACUGGCGAUGACGGUGGCGACAAUAACAUUGAUGCCCCCGGUGAAAUUUGCGCAGCAUCCGACCCGAUCAAAACGACCAUCCGAGAACUUCCCUGCCGGCUGCGCCGAAGCAUAGUCAUGCAGCUGGUCCCCAAACGCAAGCUAUGUCCCGCCGUCCUCUGCGAUGCUCAUCGAGAAUUGAACCCGUGCAUGAUCAACAGCGCCUUUGAACUGCUCAAGCGCGAAGUCACACACCGCGUGGCCAUCCUCAAGUGGUACGUAGAGUGUCUCACGGAGGAUAACAAGGCCUUGAUGCGCGCUCUCAACGCAAUCACGGGCAUGUGGGGAACCCCCCAUUCCAAGCAAGAGCGCUCCAAGAAACUAGACGAAUUCCAAGAAAAUGAAUGUGAGGCCUGUAUGCUCGCAAGAAUUGUGACGGCGCCACUCAGCUUGCAGAACCUCCGGGCCGCGAUACUGAGUCGCGGGCGAACAAAACGGAGCCAUCGUUACCCGAGGCUUCUCGCCUUCAUUGAGGCGGGGAUCGAUCAUCACGCGAAUGCCUCCGAUCUAUAUGCUUGCAGCGAUGCUAUGGCGUUAACUGCUAAAGCCGCCAGAAAAGCAGCAUACAACCUGGCCAAAGCGCAAAGGCGGCGACUGCCAGGAAGAGCGAGCACGGAAAGGGAGAUUCCCUAUUCGAUCCUCAUUUACCGGAACGCAGGCGCCGCCCAGAAGCCCCCAAGCGAGCAAAAAGAGCUCCUGGAAGACCUGGCAUGUCCGAAAAUGGAGCGCCCCAAGAGCUAUGACACCAUUGCCGACAGUAUUAUCGCAAAGUACUGCUAUGUCCCGGAAAAGGUCGAUCCCGAGCCUGUCGUCGAGAACGUGCAAGUUACCCGUCCAGUGACGGUCGAUCAAGGCGAAGACCUGCUGCUGUCGUUUACACCUAGCGUUUCUAGUGUACAUUUGCAUCAUGAGUCGCAGGAUCCUCCGAUGCGAGUUGAUAUGUGGCAACACAUUCUAACCGCGCCAACGGAUAAAUUACAGCCGCUGAUGACCGACGUGUCAGACCUGUUGCUUGCAAGCGAGAGGGAUGAAUUGAGCGAUGCACUAGUGGAAGGAUAUGAAGACCAGGACGGCGACAAGAACGGUGACUUCAAAGAUGGUUGUCGCGAAGAUGCCCACAACGAUGUCCAGGAAGGAAGCAGCGAGGAGAGUAGCGAUGAUAGCAGCGAGGAUAGUGAGGAUAGCGACAGUCAUAUCGAUGAAGACGGCGACCACGAAGACGACCACAGAGAGGACCACGAAGAUGGCCACGAAGACGGCCACGAAGAUGGCCAUGAAGAUGACCACGAAGAUGACCACGAGGAUAACCACAAAGAUAGUCAGAAGGACGGCCUCGAAGAGAGCGACCAUAAAGAUGGCGACCGCGAAGGUGACAGUCGCGAUGGUAGUGACGAAGAUAGUGAUGAGGAUGGUGGUGAGGAUAGCGACGAAUAUAGCGACGCAGAUGAAGACCAUGGGGGUGAAGACAAACAGUCUAACUCACCGCGUGGCCCACGCUCAUGGGUUCCGUUUCUGGGUCUGUGAUCGUUUCCACGAGGUGGAAAGCAUCGUUGGCACACGACGAGAGAACAGGCGGCACUGGAUCCAACAAAGAAAAUCUGUUGGCAGUUGUCCUUAUCUUUCAUAUGAUAAUGCUAUUUCAUAAUGUGUUGACCUGCAUAUUACUCAGUUUCGAAGCGGGAAUGUGAAUAUGUGAAAUUUGUACAAAUCGGUGAAGACAAGGUUGAGCGGAAUAAAACAAAGAAAAGGCUCAUCAAUUUCCAA